AUGACUUCUGUUCAGACACUCACGAUCGAGCGACGCCACACUCUGGGCACCCAACCUGCGGAUUCCAUUGCUCUGCCUGCGCAGAAGAGGCAUUCCAUCGGUACCGACUGGUCCUUCCGAUCCAACCGUGCUACGCAGCGUCGUUCCAAGAACUUCUCCUCGUUGACACCUGUCCCGGAGCAUGCAAAUGCCAGGCCUUCGUUAGCAAGUGGUCGCUCCUUCUUCCUCUCGAGGAAGGCCAGCAGCAAACAACGAGCUCAAUCUGCUUCUACGCUGCCCUCCAUCGACGAAGACACUCUGGCCAAACCCCGAGUCAGAGCCAAAUCUUUCAAUGUCUCUGAAGUUGAAUACACCGAUCCCUCGCAAUCGUCGGAUCCCCAACGCAACCGUCGCUCCAGUUGGGCAAAACGUCUCUCCUGGGUCCCCGGCUGGACUUUCGCCGGGUCUUCUGGCCUCGAUGCAAUCAAAGAGUCCGACACCUCGGGCACGACCACUCCAUUUGCUGAACGCCGCAUGUCCCGCCUCAGCAGCUUCGGCAACGGCGUAGGCAAGAGACUCUCAUCCUUCUCCCAGGCGGCGAGUGACUUCCAAGCCGCUGUCAACGAGCCUUCCCACGAAUCCAACUUCCCCGCUUCUUUCUCCUGGCCCGCCGAGAGCGGCACCAAAAUGACGAUGCCCGUCUACGGGACCGUGGACGCCCUCACCCCAGGCGGAAUGCGGGUCCUCAUGCCUUGCGGUGCUCGCCACGUCAGUUUCGUCAGCAAAGCGUCUAAGAAUGAAGAAAUUCUAGCUCAGGAUUUCGGCUCCAAGUUGAAGAAUGGAGACAUGCUCUGCGAAGAUGCGAAGCUCGGCGAAGGCAGCGGCCUCGCGACGGUCUUGAGAGGCGACAUGCAAGGCUUCUGUUUCCAUUGUACGGUGGUUGGAUUGUUUCCGAUGAAAUUGCUGGGACGAGAGGAGGAUUUGCCGGAGCCUUAUCUGAUGGAUGUCAUGGUGUUUUGA